AUGAAAAACAAAAAGAAGACCCCUAAUGCCCACAAGGCCAAAUUCAAGCCUGGAUCCAAGAAAAGGGAAAAUAAAUGUAUCCUCACAUUUAACGAUAAAGAUAGGGAAGAUUAUCUCACUGGUUUCCAUAAGAGGAAAGUGGAAAGAAGGAAAGCUGCUGUCGCUGAAAUACGCAAGAAGAUCAAGGAAGAACAAAACCGGGUUCGAGAAGAGAGGCAUAAGGAAUACUUGAAAAUGCUGAAGGAGCGACAAGACGCACUUGAGGAAAGUGAAGACGAUCUCGAAGAUGUCAUCACCCAUAAAACAGAAUCAGUUCAGUUUGACCAUCCUAAUCACACAGUCACGGUGACGACCAUCAGUGAUCUUGACCUCACCACUAAUCACCUACUCGAGCGAGUAACGAAUAAGGUCAACGGGAAGAAUGAAGAUCAUGAAAAUGAGGACGAAGAAGAGAACACAAAGACUAUCCCCAAAAAAGCAGGGAAUCCAAUUUUGAACAAAAAGAUUCGCUCGCUGACUGCUUCACUGAGUACAUACACCAGCAAAAGGAAGUCAAAAGGGAAGCAGGAAGGACGAAAAGGACAAGGUCGGCAGACGGACAAGAGGGCUGAUGCGAGAGUUGGCGAGAUCAAAAUCGGCGCAAAGAAGACCACCAAGCGGCAGCGACGCCGCAUGACUGGAAAAAAGCAGCGUCAACAAGACUGA